AUGAGUGAAACUGUUAAUGGAAACCACAAGCUUGUAGAAUUUCCUCCAAUGUCCAAAGCAAGAACUAAUUGGUUAUCCUCUUGUAUCGGCGUUGCUUCUUAUGUAGUUUCGGUGGGAGGUUCAUUGGAGUUAGGCAAGAACGCUGUUAUCACAGACUGCACGCAGAAACCGGAUCAAGAUUUACAUGAACAGAAGUAUAAGAUGGUUCAUGAUCUAUGUCAUUCGGCGUUGGGUGUAAUGGGGAGCAAAGUCUAUGCGUUCGGGUUGUGUAGUAAUGGUACAUAUCGUUGUCAACGGUUCAGUCUAGAAUCUGAAGAUUGCGAAUCCGUAGAUGUUGCGUUUGAUGAAAAUCCACCACUGACCAAGCUCAAAGGUUUGGUGAUAAACGAAAAGCUGUAUAUUUACCGUCUAGGUAUGAGCGCUUUAGUGUUUGAUCCACUUCAAGGCAAAAUCGAAAUUGAGAAGUCUCUUGAGGAGCACUUGAGUGAAGAUUCAUGUGUAAUUGGUAACAAGAUUUACUCUCUCUCUUCUGUGGAUGGAUGCAUUCAUGUGUAUGAUGGUCAUUACUGGAGGAGGCUGUUGAAGAACGUUGAGGUUGGUUACUCUUCACAUGUCCAGCUUGUAAACCUAAGAGGAAACCUGCUUAUUCUGUACAAAAGUGGAAAAGAAGUUUGGGGGAAAGAGAUCAGCAUCGAGAAUGAAGGAGCAGAAGUAUGGUGUGAAAUGGUGAUGAAGAUGGAUCGCGCACUCUUCGUGAUUGACCACAUUGUAUCCGUAACCCUCUAA